CUCUCUCUCUCUUCUCUCUCUCUCUGUGAUAAAGGAAACAAGAAAGGAGAAAGAAAAUGUCUUCUCUGCUUCACUUGUAUUCUUUACCAUCCAUCCCAACGUCCCUCCCUUCUCCUUUCUCUCGGAGUUCGACCUCCAUUUUCUUCCCCCGCCCUCGCAUCCCUGCCUUUCGAAACGGCAUCAAAUGUGCUUGGGAGGAGCCGUUGAAGUAUGAUAACGGCAAGCCCUCCAUUACAUUUCUUGGCACUGAAAAACCUUUUCCGGGUCGUUUGGCUUCCGACACGGCCCAUUUGAAAGAUGAGCUUGACAAGAAUAACACUAGGCUUCGGAUCUUUUCCGGCACGGCCAAUCCCGCACUUUCUCAGGAAAUUGCAUGCUACAUGGGUCUGGAGCUUGGAAAAAUUAAGAUAAAACGUUUUGCCGAUGGUGAGAUAUAUGUUCAGUUGCAAGAGAGUGUCAGAGGGUGUGAUGUUUAUCUUGUGCAACCCACAUGUCCUCCUGCAAAUGAAAAUCUUAUGGAGCUUCUGAUCAUGAUUGAUGCUUGUCGAAGGGCAUCGGCCAAGAAUAUUACUGCAGUGAUUCCAUAUUUUGGAUAUGCCAGGGCUGAUAGAAAGUCUCAAGGGCGUGAAUCAAUUGCAGCCAAACUUGUAGCAAAUUUGAUUACAGAAGCAGGUGCAAACCGUGUUCUUGCUUGUGAUCUCCAUUCAGGGCAGUCCAUGGGCUAUUUUGAUAUUCCAGUAGAUCAUGUAUAUGGUCAGCCUGUGAUUCUUGAUUACCUUGCCAGCAAGUCUAUAUGUUUUGAUGAUCUGGUAGUGGUCUCACCAGAUGUUGGUGGUGUUGCUAGAGCCCGUUCUUUUGCCAAGAAGUUAUCUGAUGCACCUCUUGCCAUUGUAGAUAAAAGGCGUCAUGGGCAUAAUGUGGCAGAGGUGAUAAAUCUGAUUGGCGAUGUGAAGGGGAAAGUAGCAGUAAUGGUGGAUGACAUGAUCGACACAGCUGGGACGGUUUCCAAAGGUGCAUCUCUUUUGCACCAAGAGGGGGCAAGGGAAGUCUAUGCAUGCAGUACCCAUGCUGUUCUUAGUCCUCCUGCGAUUGAGACAUUAUCAAGCGGUUUGUUUCAAGAGGUAAUCGUAACAAAUACCAUUCCGGUGUUGGAGCAAAACUAUUUUCCUCAGCUAACAGUAUUGUCAGUUGCAAACCUCCUUGGGGAGACCAUAUGGCGUGUUCAUGAUGACUGCUCUGGUGGCUUUGAACAUUAUUCCAGCUUGGGUAUUGACUGACGAUUUACACCGGAUGUUCCUUGCUUCCAUUUCUGUCACUGGCUGCCUUGUUGCAUAAUGGAAUUGAUGGUAAAACCAAAAUGUAUUAGUGAGAGGAUAUCUUCUUUUCAGCUUGUUUUCAAAGCCUUGUACAGUUAGAGGUUUACGGAUAGAUUCUUUCCAUUUGGUUGAGUUUUAAGUUUUUUGCAGGCCCUCCAUAGCUUCAAACCCUACUAUUCUUUUUUUACCUUUUUCUUUUUUUUUUCUUUGGGCCAAUAAUGCAUUGUAUUCAUAUAAUAGAUAAUGCAUUGUAUUUGUAUAAUCGACAAUUCAAUGAAUUUUGGUUGAUUCGUUUGUU